AUGGCUCAGGCGGGGGGACCCGUCCGCUUCCACCCCGGGGAGGGCUGCAUCGCCUCACCCCCGCCGUUCGCCCGUGGGGUGGACCGGAGGCCCUGGCUGGUGGGGGGAAGCCCCGAGGCCGGGAGGCACAGCCCCCCACGCUGCCUCACCCCCAACCUCAACGCCGGCCGCCUCCACCUCCUGCGGAAGGGCCUGGCCCCCGAUGCCCGCCGCUGCCCCCUCGGCCUCUACAACAGCACCGGCUCCUUGGCCCGCAAGCCGGCGGAGGCGGCUCCCUUCGGCAACGGGAGCUGCCCGGGCGCGGGGCGCCUGACAGCCCCCAGCACCCCGCGGCGGGGCCGGCCCAGCCUGGUGCUCUCCUCCCUGGGCAGCCGCAGCCCGCCGGUGGCAGCGGCCCCGGAGGGACACAGCUCCGUCGUCACCUUCCGCUUCAUCGAGAAGGCCAGCGUGCGGACCCUGGGCGGCCUGCCGCCCCCCCAGCCCCACCGGGAGAACGGCCCCCGCAGCCUCAGCCGCAGCCUGGAGCUCGGCGGGGAUGCGGGGUCCCCCCAGCCCCAGCCCCUGCCCCAGGAGCGGCUCCUGCGCACGCUGAAGCUGGAGGCCUCCGCGUCCGACCCACUCCUGGCCAGGGGCAGGACCCCGGGCACACGUCCCUGCGGGAAGGAGCUCUGCGCCCUCGACGCCGACUGCCUCUGCCGCUCCCUCGCCAACGGGCUGCCAGAGGACUUCCCUGCCUUUGCCAGGAGCCCCCUGAAGCCAGAGCCCCGACCCCAGGGCAGCGCCUGGCCGUAUCCCCGGCAGAGCUCAGCCCAUGCCCAGCGCAUCGCCAGGGCCAAGUGGGAAUUCUUUUACGGCUCCUUGGACGCUCCAAAGACAGGCUCCUCUGCCCCCGACUCUGCUCCCCUGGCUGAGCCCCCCCAGAAGCCUGUCUGCCCGCUGCCCACCGAGCCGCCGGGAUCGGUGCCCGAGCACAGUCUGAGCCACGUGGAGGUGGAGAUAGAGAUGUCUCCUCUGGGAGGCCAGAAGCCCGGCUCCUGCGAGACUGGGAUUAUAAGGAGGACGGUGAAGUACUCUGAGACAGACCUGGACACCGUGCCACUGAGGUGCUAUCGCGAAACCAACAUCGACGAUAUACUGGCCGAGAAGGAGGAGGUGGAUUCAGCAAUUGAGAGCCAGAAGGACAGCGAGAGCAACCCAAGCUUUGGGGGCACCCCGGGCAGGAGGAACAGCACGCCGGAGGAGCCCUCCGCCCCAGGCGCCAGCUGCCCGAAGGAUGGGCUGCGGGACAGGGAAGUGAACGAGGACGAUGAGGUGUUUGACGCGAUGAGGAAGGAGAACAGGGAAAGGAUCAUGGACCGAGACACACAGGGUAUGCUCAAGUCUCCAGUGCCCUUCCUCCUAGGGCACAGCCUCUCCAAGGAUGGCAUGGACUCUUUCAGCAAGCAUUUUGAGAGCAUCAUGGUCCAUCGAGCCAAAGGCACAUCUUACACCAGCCUGGACUCCAUUGACAUCCUCUCCUCCCCAGCCCGCACCCACGGGACCUUUUUCACUUUUGACCUCCCAACUCUUACCCCAGAAAUACAGGGACAGAUCCGAGACAGCGCCAAGCUGAUCGAGGACAACUUUGCUCCUCUGGCUCACUUGGAGCUGGACUCUGGGACCAGUUCGGCCACAGAUGCCCCCUGGACAGAGAGGGAGGAGGAGCGGGGGAGACAAAGGAAGGGUGCUCGGCACAGCCCUUGCCGCUCAGAGGAGAGCUUUGGUACUCCCUUGGCCUCCAACAUGAGCGACCACCCCCUGAGCCAGCUGGUUUCAGACUCAGAGUCGGAGAUGGACAGCGUGGAGCAGCUGGCCCUGGGCAGCACGGACACCCUCUCCAAUGGGCACAAGGCUGACCUGGAGGCCGCCAAACGCCUGGCCAAGAGGCUCUACAACCUGGAUGGCUUUAAAAAAGCAGAUGUGGCCCGCCACUUGGGGAAGAACAACGAGUUCAGCAGGAUGGUGGCAGGGGAAUAUCUGAAGUUCUUCGUGUUCACGGGGAUGAGCCUGGACCAGGCUCUCAGGUCCUUUCUAAAGGAGCUGGCCUUGAUGGGAGAGACGCAAGAGCGAGAGCGAGUGCUGGCUCAUUUUUCCCAGCGCUAUUACGAGUGUAAUCCCAACACCAUCUCUUCGGAGGACGGAGCCCACACUCUCACCUGCGCCCUGAUGCUGCUAAACACAGAUCUGCAUGGACACAACAUUGGGAAGAGAAUGUCCUGCUCCGACUUCAUUGGCAACUUGGAGGGACUCAACGGAGGCACUGACUUCCCCAAGGAGCUGCUCAAGGCGCUGUACAGCUCCAUCAAGAAUGAGAAGCUGCAGUGGGCCAUAGAUGAGGAGGAGCUGAGAAAGUCCCUCUCGGAGCUGGCAGACCCCAACCCGAAGUCCAUCAAGCGCAUCAGCAGCUGCAGUAACCCCUUCCUGGACUUCUCGCAAGACUCCAGCAUCGCCACCUACAAGCAUGGACUGUUAGUGCGCAAGAUCCACGCUGAUCCCGACUGCAAGAAAACGCCCCGAGGGAAGCGCGGCUGGAAGCCCUUCCACGCCAUCCUGAAGGGGAUGAUUCUCUACCUGCAGAAGGAGGAGUAUAAGCCAGGGAAGGCGCUGGUGGAAGAGGAGCUGAAGAACGCUAUUAGCAUCCACCAUUCGCUUGCCACGCGGGCAUCUGACUACAGCAAGCGACCCAACGUCUUCUACCUCAGGACAGCUGACUGGAGAGUCUUCCUCUUCCAAGCACAGAACCCUGAACAGAUGCACUCGUGGAUCACGCGCAUCAAUGUGGUGGCAGCCAUGUUCUCCGCGCCCCCCUUCCCUGCGGCCAUCGGCUCCCAGAAGAAGUUCAGCCGCCCACUGCUGCCCAGCUCCUGCACCAGGCUGUCCCAGGAGGAGCAAGUGAAGAGCCAUGAGACCAAGUUCAAGACAAUGUCAGCAGAGCUGCUGGAGCAUCGCUCCUCGCUGCCUGAGAAGAAGGUGAAGGGCAAGGAGUAUGAGGAGCUGAAGCAGAAGGAAGAGUACCUGGAGUUUGAGAAAUCCCGCUACGGCACCUAUGCCAUGCUGCUGCGGGCCAAGCUGAAGGCUGGCUCAGAGGACCUGGCAGCGUUCGAGUCCACCCUCUUUGAUGCAGCGGGGGGGGAGGACGAUGGCCUGAAAAAAUCCUGCUCCAGCCCCUCGCUCAACAUGGAGCCCUCCAGCACGGCCACCAAGGUGAAGCGCAACGUCUCGGAGCGCGCCAGCCGCCAGCCCCCUGGCCACCCCCAGAAGUCAUAAGCGAGGGGCAUCAGCCGCCUGCGCUGCAGCUCUGUUCUUGCCCCCCUGGCACCGGGGUGGAGGCCACGUGCCCGCCGAGACCCUGCAUGAGUCCAUCCAUCUGCGGCACGAGCUGGGGGAGUGACAGCCGUUCCCCGGCUGUCAGCACCAGCCAUGCAGGGCCGCGGCCCCUCUGCCGGAGAUGGUGGCAGAGCAGGACGGUCCCCGGUCCUUGCCCAUGGGAGCUGCCUGCGCUGUUGGCCCCAUCAGACUUGUUCCUGCCCCUCCUUGUCCUGCGCUUGGCUGCAGGACCCAGUCCCCCCAGCACCGGGGAGGGGGAGCAACUGAAACCCACCCACUGGGCUCAAUUCUUCAGUGGUUGUUAAAAAAAAAAAAAAAAGACAGCGCAGCAAAACAAAGCCAGCGGCCGCUUCUCCUCCAGCUCCGUUGUGCCAUGGGGAGGCAGACAGGAGGGGGCCAGCCCUGGCCUGUCCCCUCUCCUGGGGCUGGUGGCCAGGGGAGCCAGGGCGAUGGCACCUGGCCCCCUCCCUGCCACCCCAGCCACCUCUGCACCCUCCCUGCUUUCUUAUAACUUUUGAACGGUUUUUGUGAUACAGUUUUGCACUUUUUAGUACCAGAUCGAGCUGACCACCAGGGAGGGUUUUUUGGGGCUACUUUUGAUGCUUUUUGGGAACUGUUUAAAAAACAAACAAAACCACAAAGCCAGCCAUGUCCUGUAGGCACUGCGUUCUUGGGGGGAGGAGGUUUUUACACGGACUCAGGGGAGACCCAGCUCCCUGCUGCAGCAAGCUGAGCAUAGGCUUGUGUGUGUGCUGCUGCCUGCUCAGCAGCCCUACAGACAGACAGCUCUGUGGCUGCUGGCACCAAGGAGGCAGCCUUGGGGAUGGCAGCACCCAUUGCUGCAUUUGUAGCUGUAUGGGGGGCUGAUGCGCUGGUGCUUCAUGACCCCCCCCCCAGCAGCCUGGACCAGCCCCAUUUGCACUGCCUGGGUGUGAGCAUCGUACCCGGGGCAUGUUGGGCAGCAGCAUGCAAGUACUCCCGGGGGGCAGGGUGACCCCUGCAGCCAGGGCUGACUUGAGGCUCCCCACUGCCCUAUGGGACUGGCACGGACCGGAGCCAGCUUUCUUUCCCAUGCCGCUUCUCUAACACGUGGCCGGGGCCUCGGAGGUUGCCAGCAAAACCCAGUCCGCAGCGCUGCGAGGUCCUCAUGCUGCUGCAGCGGUGGUGCAGCCCCUUCCUCGGCCAUGGGCUCCCUCCUCGCCAAGGUGAGGGGCACGCUGGGGCAGCCGCCGCCACCCCGGGGUGGGCUGCAGGGUGCUCGUCUGGAGUGAGGUGCUGGUGGUGAAGCGUGGCCACAGGAGCGCCCAGGGUGCGCAGGGACAGCAGAAGGGCUGUGGGUGGGGAGCUGGCACACACACUGUUCUUGGCCGCCCGGGACCCGGCUGGUUUCAGCACUGACUUUGCGAAUGUGUCAAACUUUUUAUUCUGCUCUUUUGAGUCUAUUGCAAAAAAAAAAAAAGAAAAAAAAAGAAAAAAAAAAUCCACCCUUGCCCCAAGCGGCUCAGGGGGAGAAAAACCUUUGUACAGCUUCUUCUCUCAGUUACUGAAGUAAAACUCACUCUUCA